ACUUUUUUUAGUUGACGGAAAAUGUGCUGCUAGAGGAGAUAUUGAUCAAAUAAAACCACACAAAACAAGCAACAUCUGGAGCUUCGUUGGUGGAGUGGAUGAAUUUACCGAUGAUAGAUCCAGUUUUUCCAGGAACGAGUAUGGCGUAUCAUCCAUUUUUAUCUCACCGGGCGCCGGACUUUGCAAUGAGUGCUAUGUUGGGGCACCAGCAUUCCUUUUUCCCGGCUCUUGCGUUGCCCCCGAACGGUGUUGCGGCGCUCUCCCUCCCAGGAGCCAUGGGAAAGCCCAUUAUGGAUCAGCUGGUUGGAGCUGCUGAGACCGGCCUGCACUUCUCUUCUCUGGGUCACCAGGCAGCUGCCGCCCAUCUCAGGCCUCUCAAAACCCUGGAGCCCGAAGAAGAGGUUGAAGAUGACCCCAAAGUCCACCUGGAAUCUAAGGAACUUUGGGAGCAGUUUCACAAGCGCGGUACUGAAAUGGUUAUCACAAAAUCAGGAAGGCGAAUGUUCCCUCCGUUUAAAGUGAGAUGCACUGGUUUGGAUAAAAAAGCCAAGUAUAUUUUGUUGAUGGAUAUAGUUGCGGCCGACGACUGCAGGUACAAAUUCCACAACUCUCGCUGGAUGGUAGCAGGGAAGGCUGAUCCUGAAAUGCCCAAGCGAAUGUACAUUCACCCAGACAGCCCGGCCACUGGAGAGCAAUGGAUGUCCAAGGCUGUCAAUUUUCACAAACUUAAACUGACAAACAACAUCUCCGAUAAGCAUGGAUUUACGAUUCUGAACUCCAUGCACAAAUACCAGCCCAGGUUUCACAUCGUGAGGGCCAACGAUAUUUUAAAGCUUCCCUACAGUACAUUUCGGACUUACGUAUUCCCAGAAACCGACUUCAUAGCCGUGACUGCAUACCAGAACGAUAAGAUAACUCAAUUAAAAAUUGACCACAAUCCCUUUGCCAAGGGUUUUCGCGACACCGGCAACGGCAGAAGGGAGAAGAGGAAACAGUUGGCCUUGCAGUCCAUGAGAUCUUAUGAGGACCACCAGAAAAAAGACAACGGGACAUCGGACGAGUCUUCCAGCGAGCAAGCGACCUUCAAAUGUUUUGGUCAGGCCUUAUCCCCGGCUGUGUCGACUCUGAAAGACCUAUGUCCCAGUGAUUUAGACAGUGACAAUGAAAGCAAAGAUGGGCACCAACCAGGGCAAAAUGACUCCAGUAAGAUCUCCAUUACAACUAAUGAGGACUCGAAGGAUGAGAAAGAGAGCCCAUCCAAAAAACAUGUAUUUACCACGAAUGACCCUGUGAGCAAGGGUCAAGACGAUUCCCUGAGGACUGAACGAAGCCCCGCCAACUCCAGACAGAGCCCUGCCACCAUCACCUCGAGCACAACAGGGAUGCAGGGCAGGCAGGACAUUAAAAAUCCUGUCCUUGACUCUCCUAAAAUGGAGGAGAGCAGGCCGCUGAACAAGGAAACGUGUGUGCCCUUGACGGUUCAAACAGACAGCAGCGCUCACUUGAGCCAGGGACACAUGCAUCAUUUUGGAUUUCCACCUGGUUUGGCUGGACAGCAGUUUUUUAACCCUCUGAGUGCUGCGCACCCAUUUCUCUUGCACCCAAGCCAGUUUAACAUGGGUGGCUCAUUUUCUAACAUGGCUGCUGCAGGUAUGGGCCCCUUGCUGGCAGCUGUGUCAUCAGCAGGUGUUAGCACGAUGGACACAGCGAGCAUCGUCUCCUCACCCCAAGGACUGACUGCCACCUCUUCACUCCCCUUCCACUUACAGCAGCAUGUACUGGCUUCACAGGGUCUGGCAAUGUCACCAUUCGGAAGCAUUUUCCCUUAUCCGUACACCUACAUGGCGGCAGCUGCAGCUGCCUCAGCCUCUUCAGCAGCGUCCUCAUCUGUGCAUCGCCACCCUUUUCUGAACGCAGUGCGCCCCCGACUCCGGUAUAGCCCUUAUUCCAUCCCAAUGGGCCUGUCGGACAGCAGCACCCUCCUUACCACUGCACUGCACACUAUGGCCAACAGCUCAGGGGAGCACAAGGCAAGCAGCAUGGCAACCAGCCCGAUCUCUGCAGCUAUGGACUCGGUCUCCGAGGUCAACAGCAGGUCGUCCACUAUAUCUUUAGGAUCGGUCUCCCUUUCUCCAAAAAUGUGCUCAGAAAAGGAGUCGACCAACGAACUGCAAAACAUCCAACGAAUGGUCAGCGGACUUGACUCUAAACAGGACAGGUCAAGAAGCGGGUCUCCGUAGAGUAGGGGCGGGGAUCACUGAAAGAUAACCAACUAAUUAAAAGGAGUUCCGUCUCCAGCUAAAGCGGGUUUGUUUUUUGCAGAUCUAUCAAACCAAUCUUUUCAAUGCACUUUGUUUUAAAUAAAUACGAAAAUAAAUAA